AUGCUUGAGGCCAUGGAGAACCUGAAGAUCAAAAAUGGCGCACUCGAGCAAAUACUUGCGAAGCGAGUUCUUGUCGGAUACGAAGACCCAGGAACUGGUAGCUACCAACAUGUUGGACGCCUCUCGGAUCCGCAAGAUGCAGAGAAGAUCAAGUUCAGUCUGCUCAUCGGUCGUGAUGUAGAGACGAAGCAAAAAUACAUCAUCUACUUCCACCUGCCGUUCAGAACCCGCCAUGUGUCCAAGAAGCCCAAGAAUUUGUACCUCAUCAUCCCCGUCGAGCAACUCAAAAUGUCUAUCGAUACUGUCUCUGCUGACAAGCUCCCGGUGACGACCAUGGUGCAGUUGAAGAAAGAUGAUGGUUUGGAAGAUUCCCGGUCUUUUCUCAGCAUCAGAUUGGAUCUUGGAUGCUCUUCUUACGCAGUAAUGCCUACCUUAUCAAGACCAAUGGAGGCCCCACUAACCGGCGUACCUGGCCAACUGCUGUCGCACUUCAAAUCCCUGUCAACCGUCAAAUCUCUGGAUAUCUACCUCAACGACGGUGACGGGAACGAGGAACUUCUGGCAUUCCAGGAGAAGCUUCAGACCAACUCACUCACCUCCCCAAGGCUAGACAUGGUGCACAUGUACGAGGGAAGUCUGGCUGGAACGAAUAACUGGGACCAGUACCCCUGCGGCGAAGACGUCGGCAACCACAUCGUUUGGAACCCUGUCCUUGAAGACAAGCCCCCAGCCUACGACGACGUUGUUGCCGAACCACCAGCAACCGGCUGGUCUGACAGCCAGAACGACCAGAGUUCCGACCACGUAAGCUUCGCGAAAUCCCCCGGCGGCACCCACUCGCUGUACUGGCGCAACCGCCCUCAACCCCGCAGCAAAUGGAUUCGCGCCGUGGACGCCGGCCAGCCCGAUGCGGAUGCGAUAUCGCGCCUCCGCUCCCGGAAGCGCAGGGCAGUCGAAGAGCCCGGCCACGCGGACGAGUACCUAUCACCGGGCCUCCGCACCGGCAGCCCCACCGAACCUGACAGCUCUCCCCUCGCUGCCAUGCCGGGUGUAGCAGUUUCCAUGGACAAGUCACCCAGCCCGCACGCGCAAGCGGUCCAAAUGCACGAAGCCAUCAUAGCCUCUCUCUACCGCCGCAACACCCUCGGCGCCCUCGAACUUGACUUCUCGCUGCUAAAAAAGCCAAGCCUCUUCAUCGAGCUCCAGGAAUGGCUGCUCAAGAUGUGGGAGUACGACCACCACGCGCAUGCGACGUAUGCCCGGGAACUGUUCAAGCUGGGGUCGUACGCGCGGCUGAGCAAGCUGCGGCUAUUCGAUGCGGCGAUGGCCGAGUUGCAGGAGAAGUUCUUCAAGGCUGUGACUGACUCGAUUGCGCCGUGGAAUCAGAAUCAGGCGAGGGCGGAUUUCCGGGAGCAGUGCGGGGGUGUGGCAGAGUGGUUGAGGGGCAGCGUUUGUCGGAAUGCGGUCAUGUUUAUGGCGAAGCCAUUGGUUGAUUUGCGGAGGGCGGCGGCGGUGGCGGAGAGGGAGGGAAAGGGGGAGGGGGGCAGGAUGCGGGCGUUUUAUGAGAGGAAGGCGGAGUGCUGCGCUAUUGCGUUCUAUGCGUUUGGGGAUGUGGUGUAG